AUGCCGACAUCGUGGAUUUAUAAACUAUCGAAAUCACAAUUAAUUGAGAAGCUCCAGCAGGCAGCUUCAGUAGACGGCGAUUUAGUUUUCAAGGAAAACGAUAGUAUAGAUACGUUGCGAAGAGUAUUGGCACGGCACGUACGAGAUCAAGGUGGCGCAAAGGUGACGGCGAACGGUAGAGAGAGUGACAACACAGAGAAGCAUUCCAAAGGGAAGGCAACUCACACAAUGGCAAACGAUAAUAACUCAAAAUUGGAAUUUCACUUGGGCAAGGACGAUUGGGAAACGUAUACCGAACGCUUAGAAUUGUAUUUCUUGGCGAACGACGUGGAAAACGCUAAGAAGGUGCCAGUGUUAUUAACUAAAAUAAGUGCGGAAGCAUAUAAAUUGAUAAGAGAUCUGUGUGCACCAGAUAAGCCUAUAACAAAAACGUAUGAGCAGUUAAUAAAGUUGACGUCAAACCAUUUAUGCCCGAAACCAUCGGAAGCGAUGGAACGAUGUAAGUUCCACCAAGCGCAACAAGCGGCGACUGAAUCAAUCGCAGAAUUCGCGGCGAGACUAAAAAGAUUGUCAAUAAACUGUGGAUUCAAAGAUGCGGCAACAGCUCUACGAGAUCAACUGGUAUGUGGAAUAAAAGACCAUGCUACAAAGAUACUGUUGUUUCGAGAAGAAGGCUUAACAUACGACAAGGCGUAUAAAAUAGCAACGGCAGCGGAGGAAGCCGAGAGGAAUGCCACGUCCACGGAUAAACUUAAUACAGCUACGGCAGCGCAAACAAAUGUUAAUACGAUUUACACAGUUGCCAAACCGAAUCGGAAUUACGGGAAGCUGCGAAAUAAUUAUCGUGGUAAACAAGGUCACGGAAAGGCAAAACACGCGAAUGGAAACACAGGCCCAUCGUCACAAAGCUCAACAAGCAGCAGAAAUUGUUACUGCCGUGGAAAGGCGAACCACUGGGCGCGGGACUGUUUCCAUCGCCAUAAAACGUGUACAAGCUGCAAUAAGAAGGGUCAUUUAGCCACGCAGUGCCGAAGAAAGAAGGAAGACGUCCAACAUGUUGACGUAGGAGCAGAGAAGGACGAAGGGACAUACGACUUUCUUAACCUCGAGCUAGGAGAGAACAGCGAGGAAUCAACAUGCGGUACCAUAGAAUCAAGCGGGGACAAGGUCAUAGCGGAACCUAUGUAUGUAAACGUCGCGAUAAACGGAAAAAGCGUAAAUAUGGAGAUCAAUACGGGUACGUACGCGUCGAUAAUAUCGAGGGAAAAUAAAAAUAAAUUACUUCCGACACUAGAGAUGAAAAAGUUAAGUAAAACGUUGAAUGCAUACGGUCAAACACUUUUAAGUCACGAAGGAAUAUUACAGGAUCUUGUCGUGAAGUUAGGCAAAAAAGAAGUUAAAGCAAAUAUGAUAGUAAUGUCGCGAGCGGGGCCGACGCUAAUAGGCAGGCAAUGGUUAAAACUCCUCGGGUUAUGGCCGCUAGCGAUUAAGAGCGAGUUAGUUAGCGAAAGAGUAAUACAUAAGAUGGAUGUAGCGAACGUAAGAAAUGAGUUUGUAAGGCAGCAUCCCACGUUGUUUGGUCCGGGACUCGGAGUAUAUAAUAAAGGUAUGCUGAAAUUAGUAUUAAAAGAAGGUGCGAAGCCGGUAGCAUUGAAAGCACGGAGAUUACCAUUCGCGCUAAAUGAAAAAGUCGAAACAGAAAUUAAUAGAUUAGUUCAACUAGGGCAUCUGGAGAAAAUUGAAGUUAGCGAAUGGGCAACUCCUAUAGUGCCGGUAAUAAAAAAUGACGGAUCGGUCAGGAUCUGCGGAAACUUUAAAUUAACAAUAAAUCCAUGGCUGAUUAUAGAUCGCCAUCCUUUGCCGUUAAUAGAUGAGAUUUUCGCCGCGGUAAGAAAUGGAAAAACGUAUUCGCAAAUAGACUUGACACACGCGUAUAUGCAAAUUCCAGUAGAAGAGAGUUCUCGGAACUAUUUGGCGAUAAUAACGCACAAAGGACUAUAUAAGUACACGAAACUGACUGAAGGUAUAGCAUCGGGGCCGGGAGAUUUUCAACGGAAAAUUGAGCAGUGUUUGGCGGGUGUAAGGGGCGCAAUCCCAUAUUUAGAUAAUAUAUUCUGCACCGGGGAAACUGACGAAGAGCAUUUCCAAACAUUAAAGGAAGUAUUUGAUCGUCUGGGAAGUUGUGGGUUUAAAGUAAAUAUUAAGAAAUGCGACUUCUUUAAAAAAAAACUAGACAUUCUCGGAUUCGUAAUCGACAGGAACGGCUUGCAUAAAUCCAUAACUAAAGUAAAAGCGAUGAGUGAGGCACCGAAGCCGCAAAACCUUAAACAGUUACAGUCUUUUAUAGGUUGCGAUAAAGCCUUUGAAUGGGUAAAAACUGAACUAACAUCGUCAAAAGUGUUAGCGCAUUAUGAUCCGAAAGAAGAGAUUAUCUUAGCGUGCGACGCCUCGGCGUACGGAUUAUCAGCGAUACUAUCACAUAAAUACGCCGACGGUAUUGAAAAACCGAUAGCUUACACGUCCAAGGUCAUUCCGGACGGAGAAUUACAUCGAGCACCGAUUGAUAAGGAAGCAAACGCGCAUUCAAAGUGGCCAGAGAUUGUCGACAUGAACAAUUGUACUCAGGUACCGAAGGUGCUGGCGGAAUUUAAGAAGGUAUUAGGUAGAUUUGGACUACCGAGACAUUUAGUUACCGACAACGGGACCCAAUUCACGAGCGUUGAAUUUAGAGAAUUUAUGAGGAAAAGCGGUAGAACUCCGGCGUGGAUGAUGUAUAAACGAGAGCUAAGAACGAGAUUCGAUUUAUUUAAACCAGACGCGACCGACAACAUCGAGAAUAAGCACAUUGCUCAAAUAGCGGCUCGCAAGGGGCAUCGUAACGUCACAUUUCAAAUCGGUGAAGAAGUAAUGGUUGAUGAUUUUAGUGUCCGAAAUAAGAAACGCAGUCGGGGAAAAAUAAUAAAGCAGUUAUCGCCUGUAACUUUUGAGGUCGAAAUUUCUCCUAACUGUACGUGA